GAGGAAGCAAGACUUAGGCAGCAGAGCCUCCCAGAUGGCAGAGUUGGAUCUGAUGGCUUCGGGGCCACUGCCCACCAUCACCACUUACCCUAUGGCUCCUGUCAGCUCAGAUUCUGGGUCAGCCAGCUCUGUAGAAGAGGAUGUGGGCUACCUAGGGAGGCCAGUAGAGAAGACUGAGGGACAGAACAAUGACGAGGCACAGCCGGGAGCUUCCAAUGGUGAAGGGGAGGAGGAGAUCCUGUGUGACUUCUGUCUGGGUGCCAGCAGAGUGAGGGCAGUGAAGUCCUGUCUAACUUGCAUGGUGAAUUACUGUGAGGAACAUCUGCGGCCGCACCAAGAGAACAGCAAACUGCACAGCCACCAGCUGACUGAACCAGCAAAGGACCAAGACCUGCGUACCUGCCCUGCCCACCACAACCCAUUGGUUGCCUUCUGCUGCACUGACCAGCAGUGUAUCUGUCAGGAAUGUGGGCAGUAUGAGCACAAGAGCCACACUUCAGUCUCCUUGGAGGCUGCCCGCAGGAACAAGGAAGCUGACCUUCGGUGUACCCAGAUAAACUUGGAACAGAAACUCAAGUUGAAUGAAAAUGCCAUCGCCAGGCUCCAAGCCAACCAUAAGUCCGUUUUGGUGUCUGUAUCAGAGGUCAAAGUGGUUGCUGAAGAGCAGUUUGGAGAACUCCUUGCUGCCGUGAGGAAAGCUCAGGCCGAUGUCAUGCUCUUCUUGGAGGAGAAGGAGCACGCUGCCCUGAACCAGGCUAACAGCAUUAAAACGCAUCUGGAGUACAGGAGUGCAGAGAUGGAGAAAAGCAAGCAGGAGCUGGCCAGGUUGGCAGCCAUCAGCAAUACUGUUCUCUUCCUGGAGGAAUACUCCAAGUUUAAGAAUGCUGAAGAUACUGCUUUCCCUAGUGUUUACAUUGGGCUAAAGGAUAAGCUCUCAGGUAUCCGCAAGGUCAUCACAGACUCCACCACAGACAUAAUCCAGUUGCUGGAGAACUAUAAGGAAAAGCUUCAGGAGUUUGCCAAGGAAGAAGAGUAUGACAUCAGAACUCAAGUGUCUGCCAUUGUUCAGCGCAAAUAUCGGACCUCAAAACCUGAACCUAGAACCAGAGAACAGUUUCUCGAAUAUGCAUGUGACAUCACAUUUGACCCUGACACAGCACACAGGUAUCUCCGGCUGCAGGAGGACAACCGGAAGGUCACCAACACCUCACCUUGGGAACAUCCUUACCCAGACCACCCCAGCAGGUUUGUGUAUUGGCGGCAGGUGCUGUCUCAACAAAGUCUGUACCUACACAGGUACUAUUUUGAGGUGGAGAUCUCUGGGGCAGGCACCUACGUUGGCCUGACCUGCAAAGGCAUUGACCGGAAAGGAGAAGAACGCAAUGGUUGCAUUUCUGGAAACAACUUCUCCUGGAGCCUCUAUUGGAAUGGGAAGGAGUUCACAGCCUGGCACAGUGACACAGAGACCCCGCUCAAAGCUGACCCUUUCCGGAGGCUCGGGAUCUACAUUGACUUCCCAGGAGGGGUCCUUUCCUUCUAUGGCAUAGAGUAUGAUGCUAUGACUCUGGUUCACAAGUUUGACUGCAAGUUUUCAGAGCCAGUCUAUGCUGCCUUCUGGCUUUCCAAAAAAGAAAAUGCCAUCCGGAUUGUGGAUCUGGGAGAAGAACCUGAAAAGCCAGCAAGCUCUGCAGUGGAGGCUGCUCCUUAGAUCCCAGGAUCCAUAUCGCACGUCUUUGCUAACCACAAUGAUGAAGCAGCAGCUUUCAUUUUAAGGCUGUUUUGAA